CAUGCGGUGCUGACGUCAUCAGACACGCCCUCUCUACUGACCAAAAACAUUUGGGUCCAGACGUGAGCGGUCCGGAGAGCCCGAUUACACUGAUUUUUUUUUAAAUAUUAUUAUUAAGUCUUAUUCAUUAGCCGAUAAAGGGUUUUCGAAUAUGGUCUGUGGCGGGUUCACCUGUUCCAAAAAUGCACUUUGUUCCCUGAAUGUGGUUUAUAUGCUGGUCGGGCUGCUGCUGAUUGGAGUAGCAGCAUGGGGGAAGGGCUUUGGCUUGGUGUCCAGCAUCCACAUCAUCGGCGGGGUCAUCGCGGUGGGCGUCUUCCUGCUGCUCAUCGCUAUCGUUGGACUCAUCGGAGCGAUACACCAUCACCAAGUCAUGCUUUUCUUUUACAUGGUCAUUCUCUUUAUCGUAUUCCUGUUCCAAUUUGGAGUUUCCUGUUCCUGCUUGGCAAUGAACGGCGGUCAGCAGGAGGCCCUUCUGAACUCUGCUUGGAGAAUGUUGGAAAACAAGACCAAGAUGGACCUGGAGAACCAGCUGAACUGCUGUGGGCUGCUCGAUGUCCCCGAAAGUCGGGCCCAGUUUGAGCUGGAUGUGGCUCACUGUACCGCUUUAUGCAAAAGUGAAAGCUGUCACACCUGCGGGGAUUUGAUGCUGACUCAUGCAACAGUGGCUCUGAAGAUUCUCGGGGGCGUCGGGCUCUUCUUCAGCUUCACAGAGAUCCUGGGAGUGUGGCUCGCGGUGCGCUACAGGAACCAGAAGGAUCCACGGGCAAACCCGAGUGCUUUCCUAUAGUCUGUCCCGCGAACGCAGCGCCGCGCCGCGCCGUAGAUGCUGUUCCAGACACACUGGUACACGUAGAAUCAUGCACAUGUAGAGGCAGACACUCCGACAUCCAAAACAAGACCAGACCAACCACAACAACACAGAAGGAACGAGCGCACGCAGCACCUGACAAACACUGAAACAAAACACACACCUUCACCUGAGACUGCGAAACUACAACAACCUGUUCAGAAAUAUUGCCAGAGCUCCAGCUGGAAGACCUGGAUACUUAUGUAUGAAAGGAUAACUUGUAAUACCAACAAGUGUUGGUAUUGUGCCCCAGCCUUGAUUUGAGUACCAGAUUUCUUGCUAGUUGAGGGAUGAGACCUCCCUGCAUGUGUCCUGCACAGACAAACCUCCUCUUUGUUGAUUUCUCUCCACACACCAACCAAAUGACUGUGCCCUGUCCAACAAAUUAACUUGUAUGCACCUUGAGUUUUUUUCCCUCUCGUCUCUGAUGUAGUGGCACCACACAACAUCAAAUAUAUUCCCCCGGUCAGUGCUAUCAGUGAUGUGUAGAACUGUAUACUCAGACAUGUCCGGGGGGGGGGGGGGGGCACAUACUGGACAUGCGUUGUAAAGUAGUUUUAAAGCUGUAUGUAAAUGUUCUUUUUCCAAUGCCACACAUGCCGGGAUUUACCAGGAUUAGGACGCGAGAAUAGAUGUUGUCAUGUAGUUAUUAGUCUUUGGGGUUCAAAGUAUUUAUGAACUGUAACUGAGCCAACUAACUUUUAACAGUCUGAGAUAUUAGGAUGCCAACGGACUGCAUCCAGGAUGUUGUACAUAAUCUUUUAUAAAUCAUUCUCGAUGGGUUUGGUAUGUAGUUGCCCCUCUAGUUAAGAAGUUUGCCUGCGUAGUUUGAAGGCCGAGAUCAUCGACUCCUCCCUGCAUUUAAGAAGUUCCUUUGUGCCGCACAGUGAUGUUGCUUAGUAUAGAUUCUGGUUGUAGAGAAGUGGAUUCAGGUAUGUGUCGUUACUUCCUGUGUAACUGGAAGAAAUUACAAAAAAAAAAAAAUGAUUUGAAAUAAUUGGGUAAAUGUGGACAACGCUGAUUAUUGCAAACCCACUUUUGUUUUUAAUAGUAUUAAUUGUGAAAAUGCUCUUGGUUGCAAUUUCUGUUUUAAAAUAAUGUAUGUUCUCUGUUGCCAUCAGCUGUUUUUCGUUCAUCAGUGUUAAAUGCUUUGUAAAAUAAUACC